UAUACCUUCCACGGUUGGUUACGAUUCGUUGGAGACAUUUUUUUUUUGUAUAGUUAAUUAUGAACUGUGUAAAGAGUUAGAUAUUUCUCGUGCGGUGUUGGUUUGUGGUAUGGAUGAUCUGCUGGAAUUAAACACUAACAGUAGUUGAACGAAGAUGAACAGACUUCCUCCUAUUCCAUUUUCAAUAUUACGAGAAUUGAGAUGCAGAAAUUGUCAGAACGUAGUCAGUUGCGGCCCAGUUUUCGUUGUACCAGAUGGAAGCAUCAUUUGUGGAAGAUGCCAAGACCUAGCAAAAAAUAUGUACAGGAAUAUAUCAUUCGAAGCACUAGCUUCAAUGUUCCUGUAUCCCUGCCAAAACUGGGAAAAUCACUGUCCAGCCAUUGUGCACUGGAACGAUUGCAACAAACAUGAAAACGGCUGCUCCUACACCAACGGCUGUGGCUUGUUCUGGAAACACCCUAGAGCGUACUUAAAGGGGAAAAGGGAGAUGCCAGUUGGAGAUAUCAGACUGAUUCCAGUGCCGGAACGACUCCUUGACCAAAUAAAAUGCGCACAAUGUGAAAGUUAUCUCUCCUGCGAACCGGUUUUUCUGCAAGGCGACGGCAGAAACAUCUGUCAUCGAUGCAUACAUUCCAACGGUGUACCGGCAGACUGCAUCAGAAACGUUGCCUACGAAAUUCUGUCAAACAUAAUCAUCUUUCCGUGCGUGUUCAGGAACAGAGGUUGCCCCACCAGGUUGAAGUUCGGCACCGAUUUGUGGCAUCACGAAGCCGAGUGUUCUUAUAAUCAAAUGUACAAGAAACUUGAAAAAAAUCCUAAGCAGAAAGAGAGAGGGGUUAUUAAGACACAUUCUGGGCAUUAUUAUGGCACUAUCACCCCCUACUCGGCACCUUUCGCGCCUCCUUCCCCUACCACCGAGUUCGACAUCAACAAGGAGCUGGUGAAGUCGUUGAAAAAGCAACAAGAAAGAAAACUGCUCAAAGCCGAAGAUAUAAACACUAGUAUAAUGAAGAUGAGCUCCGAUUCUGGCUCAAGAGACGUUUCGGUUACGCCGUCUUCAGACGGCGAUUCUGAUAAGGGCACGUACGACAAGAGCUUGUCGAGUAGGUCCAGUUCACCAACGCCAACUAGAUCCGACGAAUUAGACUCCAAACCGCAAACCCCCUACAGUUCAGAAUACUACAAAGACCAACAACCGUACUUUAACUACAAUUACAUCAAACAAACCACGCCCAAUUAUUCAGAACAGCCUCAAUUUAAUUACAACAUGAAACAAAACGGCAACAAUAAUUACUACGACAACAUCCAAUUAGCACAAAUCCAACAAGAAUCGUCCAUCAAUCCCCGCGAAGACAGAUUGUCCAAAACCAACUCAUACAUCUACGAACCGGUGCUGUACAAAGGCCAGAAGUCGCCUCUUCAAGAUUUGGACUACAAUCUUCUAGCUGGACAUUAUCCUGUGUUCGUCAAUCCAUACGGACAAGGAUUGAUUCCGAAACCUUCCUUUAAAGGUUUGGUUAGGACAGACAGUCUGUCCAGCAAUAGGGAACUGAUUCAAGAGCUUCGACAGAAACAGAUCAAGUUGAAGAAUCGUAACUCAGAGAAGAUAGAGGUGGUGGAUUCCAGUCCUUACAAGGAAUGCAACAAUUUAGAGGAGAUAUUACAAGUACACGAUAAGAUUAGUGAGUAAUAAAUA